AUCACGUAGUUUUGAAGAAGACGCGAAGCUGGUUUUAUAAUACCAUAAAACUCGUGUUUACGAUGGGUCGGACACAGCACUUCUCCUCACCGAGGGAGGAGGGCCCCCCCCGCCCCCCAGUUGGUCUCCUCCUUUUGUUUUUUCUCCGCCCUCUUCGGCUCGUAUAAACGGAGGCGAGCGGCGUCCCGUCCGCGGGGUUAGCGCGGUCAGCCGUUGGUGAAGAGGCGAACAACAUGGCGGAGCAGCACCGGCCCGGCUCACCGGCGACGCACUAGAACCUUGCCCCGUGGUCCUCUGGCGUACCGGGGGGGGAAGGGUCAGUGGACACGACAAAGAUUGGAAGAAAAUUAAAAAAAAAAAAAAACCUGUCACGGAGAAGGAGCUGUUAGUGAGGAAAGAUGAGCCGACACGCAACAGACUUCCAUGAGUCUGCGCAGGAGUCCCCGCCGCUGCCUGCUGAUCACAUGCUCGACUCUGCAGCCGUGCUAUUCCCUGGUGCUUUCGAUCAACACGGCUGCCCUCUGAUCGUGUUCCCGGCGGACAAACAAGCCAAACUCUCCUCAGAACUCAGCAAAGCAGAAGUGGUGGACUUCAUAAAUUACUUCCUAUGUCUGCACAAUAAGCGGCAGGAGAAGAGGAGUUUGGUGUCGGCGGUGGCUGAUCUGAGGUCUGCCUCGCUCCACACCACCAGAUUCGUGGCCGAGACGCUGCUCCUGCUUGAGCGGAACAAGCGGACCGUACACACUGUGUACAUCGUUCAGCCCAAAAAGAAGGACGGCGUCAAGCUGCUGCUGAAACUGCUGACGCCCUCAAAGUCUCCCACGGCCUCCUUCACGAAGGUUCUUCUUAAAGAGAUCCCAGAGCUCUCCAACCACAUUGACCGAAGCCAGCUAACGGCGUCGUUGGGCGGCUACCUGGUCUACUGUCACCACAGCUGGGUGGCCUUCAUCAAGGAGAUCAAUGAGUUUGUUCAGGAGUUCCUCUCCGUGGUCCAGCGGUUGCCCGCGUGCAUCUCCACCCUGCAGGCUCUGUCCAGGCUGCCUCCGCCCUCCACCUUCGACGAGCUCCGGCACUUCUGCUCCACCAACGAAGCCAAGUUCCAGCAGCUGAGGAGGGAGCUGGGCCUGGAUGAACUGCUGAACCACUGCGAGAGUGUCGUGGAGAAGCUACGUCACCCCGAGAAGGAGCCGUGCUACCAGGCGCUGGCCGGCACCGCUCUCUUCACCCACACCGCCUUCGACAUGCUGCAGAACCACAGCAGAAUAACUGCUGCUAUGGAAAAAGUGGAGCUUCUGUGGCAGCAGGCCUUUUCUAAGGCCCGCCUCCAGUUGCAGGUGUUCCAGCUGCGAGAGGAGGCUCUGCAGAUCACAGAGCAGAUCAAAACUCUCCUCCAAGAGAAGCUCCAGCUUUACAAAAUAGAGAUCGCAAAGGAUGCUGCGGAGGCAGUGAUGUUGGUGUCAGAAUUUGAGGUGUCCAUUCACGCGCCUGCAAUGGCCCUCAUUGGCCGUGCUGAGGAUGUGAUCCACGCAGUGGUGGAGAUCCUUCAGUAUGACGGUCAGACCAGAGAGCGCUGGGUUCUGGAUGUGGAGAGGCUGAAGGAGAAACUCCACUCGGCCGUGAACUUCGUCCGCCGAACCCUCAGAGCGGUUUCCAGCUACCACCAUCACUACAACAAGGCCGACAGCUGGUACCACCGGGUCCUCUGCGAGAACGUCCUCCAGCUGCUGCUGUCCGGCGUCGCUGGAGACGGUGUCCAGAGCAGGAACUGGGGGACGAUCCCUGCGUGGAGGUACAAGAUGUCCACAUUCCUGAAGAAUAAUCCACCUCCAGAUACGGAGGAGCUGGUUCACCUGGCUCAUCUGUCCAAAGCCAUUCCGGAUGACGAGGUCCAGGAGGCAGGAAAGCUGAUGUCUCAUAGGUGCCUGACCCUGAGGAAACUGCUGAUGUCUUCGGGCCCCGUGGCUGUCGGUCACCUCCAGCUGGCCUUACAGUGGCAGUACGAGCUGCUGCGGAGCGGCAGCGUUGACCCCUCCUCCUCCGCCGGCGCCACAAACGGCGCGACCGAGCAUGCGCAGGACCUUUAUCGAUGUGACGGCGGGAAGGAAGCGAGCCGUCUCCUAGAAAAGUCUGCUGUUUCCGCGUUGGCUGAGGGCAAACCCCCCUCCCUCAGCUCAUUCGACUCGGGUUUCGAUGGCGCCGGGACCAACCACCCGGAGGCGUGCGGGGACGGGGACUGUGCGAGACGAGCCCUGAGCCAGCCUCUGCUCCACGGAGAGAAGGCCUCCGGUGUUUCGGGCGGCGAGGAUCCCAGAGAGGAGUUGGACUUUGGCUCCUUGGGGAACUCCUCCCGGGCCAGCAUCCAGAUCGUCCCCAAGGUCACCGCGGAGUCCCUCAACCUGGAGAUCAAAGUGAAGCGCUCGGCGGCGCCGCCCAACAACCCCUGGCUCAGCUUGCCCAUAGACGAUCUGGAAAACUCGUACACGGUCACCAUCACGCAGAACCCGACGCCGCAGAAGAGGGAGCUGCUGUCCCGCCAGCCCUCCGACCCCGACCAGGCCGAAGGGUCUCGAGAUCAGCCCACGCAGACGGAGGCUCUGAACGCCACGCCGCCCGGACGCUCACGGAGCGCCAACUGGAGGCUGCACCCGCAAAGCAGUCCGCAGGAUCCGGAACUGAGCGCCGUUCGCCACAUCCUCUCCAGCACGAUCACACAAGGAGGAGGAGACGGAUCGGUCUGCACCACGGAGGGGAUUCCUACUCUUCUCUGGGACUCGUACGACCUCCGGGACCAGAAUCUGGACGCUGUGGACGGUGCGGUGGAUGUCUCCCUAAAUGACUGGGAUGUGAAGGAGCAGGAGGAUCUAAGGGCAGUGGAGAUGAUUCUGGACCGGGCAGAUGAAAUCCUGGAGAAAGAAGAAAACGUUCUGGCUCAGGAGGCCGUGCUGGAUGCCCUGCUGAGGUCUGAGGAGAGGCACCAUCAGUGGCCCCCCUGGGACAGUGAGGACCAGCUCGGUGCGAUGUCGUCUAGUGAGCUGGCUGAAGCUGGUGUUCUUGGCCUCGAGGAUUACCUCAGCCCCGCAGACUCGGACUACCUCUGUGAGUCUAGAUCUGAGACUGAAGCUGCCACGGGGGCUUUUCACAACGAGCCGGACCUGCUGACGGAGAUUAGGAAAGUCCAGAUCCUGGACGAGCUGAUUAUGGAGGAGAACCUGAAGAUCCAGGACAUGCGAAGCUGCGACGGUAACCCUGAAGAGGAACCUGUAGAUACCAACGGGCUGUCAAGUAUGAGCAAGGAGAGGCAGGCGUUUCAGCUGCAGCUCGCAAAGGAGAAACGGGAGGUGGAGAAGCUCGAGAAGAGUUUGGACAGGGAACGUAAAGCGAAGGACAAAGGCCGAGCUAGAAGGGUCGUAAGAUGUUCUGUAAUGGAGAAGGCUAGAAGUCAGGAUAAGGAAGACCAAGAAGACCUCUGGCUGUGUGAUGAGCUUUUAGCAGGUAGCUGUAGAUCUCCGAGUACACCUCCGGUCCACAAGGAUUCUCAGGAAACCUGUAACACUGAGAAUGUUCCAGCUGUGUCGGGUCCCGGUGUUGCCAAAGACGCUACACCACAAGACAUGGUUCCACCUCCAGAUUCCCAAUGUCACGGUGAUUGCUCGUUAGCAUUUAUUAAAGCCACCUCAGAUGUGAAGGAAGCCGCGGAAGAGGUGGUAAUCCAACCUCAAGGUUCCAUCUAUAUCAGCAAAUUAGACAAAUCCUGUGAAGAUGCCUCGUCACCCUCUGGAAUUGAGCCAGAUGUUGGCGCGUUUGACCCCGGGGGGAAAUCGCCCGAGCCCCCCGAGCAGAGACCGGCUGCUCUUCCCGUGAACCGCGACAACCUCGCUGAGCACGAACCUCCUCCUGACACAGAGCUGCAGGGUCCAGCUCGGCCCGCCGGUGCCUCUGAUCCCGCUUUGGUGACGUUCGCCGGGCGGCCCGAGGAUGUCGGCCCAGUCGCCAGUCAAACCUUAGUCUGUCCAGAUGUGGAGGAACGCAGCUGCAACAACAACAAUAACAACAGUGUGCUCACAGAGAAAUGCAGUGUUUCAUUGGAGCACUUGAAACUGAAUACUGAAAUAAGCGCUGAAUGUGAAGAGGAUGCAUCAGAAGAAGCUGCAGAGGAGGACCAGACUGUACCUGCUGCAGGUGGGCAGUCGGCUCCCCAGCUGCCCCCGGGCCGACCUCUGGGGUUUGACCCCGGUGGAAGAGCUGAGCAGGCUGUUGGUGUUCAGAGCUCAGAGGCCAUGAGGAUAUCGGGCUCCGGGUCACCUGGCCUUCGGGCCCAGCUAAACAUCAACACGAGAGAGAUGACGGAUUUCAAGACCCCCAUCGUCCUGGAUACGGGGUCCGGUUUGAUGAAAGCCGGAUUUGCAGAUCAAGACCUCCCAAACAUUAUCUUUCCAACAAUUAUUGGAAUGCCGAAAUAUGAGGAAAUAAUGAAUGGGAACCUUGAAAGGGAGAUCUACAUUGGACAUGAGGCUCAACACAUGAGAGGGGUUCUGGCUCUUAAACAUCCCAUCAAGAACGGAAUCAUUCGCAACUGGGAUGAAAUGGAAAAGAUUUGGCAUCACACCUUCCAGCAGCUGCGCGUGGAUCCAGUCGAUCACCCCGUCCUGCUGACCGAGGCGGCCAUGAACCCCUCGCAGAACCGCGAGCGCAUGGUGGAGAUCAUGUUCGAGUGCUUCAACGCUCCCUUCACCUACGUGGCCAUGCAGGCGGUGCUGGCGCUCUACGCUGCAGGGAGGUCCACUGGUGUGGUGUUUGACUCUGGAGACGGAGUCAGCCACAGCGUGCCUGUGUUCGAGGGAUACUGUCUCCCUCACGCCGUGCAGCGCUUCCCUCUGGCCGGUGCAGACGUGACCCUGCACCUGAAGAAGCUUCUGCAGGAACAAGGGGUGAGCAUGCGCACCACGGCGGAGGUGGAGAUCGUGAGGGAGAUGAAGGAGAGCUGCUGCUGUGUGGCCGUCGACUACGAAGCGGAGCUGAGUCGGGGGGUUGACCCCCGCAGAGAGAAGCAUUACAGCAUGCCAGACGGACAGAUCGUCACGCUCGGCACGGAGCGGUUCAGGGCUCCUGAGAUUCUCUUCAAACCCGAGCUGAUUGGACGGGACCAUUACGGGAUGCACGAGAGCAUCUUCAAGUCCGUCCUCAGCUCGGACAUCGACCUGCGGCGCUGCUUCCUGGGGAACAUCGUGCUCUCGGGCGGGAACACACUGCUGCCGGGCCUCCCCGAGCGGCUGCGGGCUGAAAUCCGGGGGCUGGUUCCCGGCGACGUGGGGGAGAGCGUCCGCGUCACCAGCCCCGGGGACCGAGACUUCUCUGUGUGGCGCGGGGGGGCGGUGCUGGCCAACCUGCCCGCCUUCGGCGAGGCGUGGAUCAGCCAGGAGGAAUACGAGGAGCACGGGCCGCAGAUCGUCUUCAGGAAGUGCUUCUGAGGCGGCGCCGUUGACGCCGUGUCCCCCGAGUGCAAUAUGGUACGAGCCGUUUUUAAGGCUUUUAUGUGUUUGUCUCUCAUGUCUCGAGUUCCUUGUGGAGUCUGUUUGACCCUCGUCGUCACUAGAUCUUAUCUACUAGGGUCCAACAACAUUACCGAUGAAAUCUGUUUGUCCAUGAAAUUCAUGUCAGUCGGCGUCCUAAAGAACCUUUUUUUAUUUGUUUCCCUUUUUGGGAAAAUGUUUCUGUCUUUUGGAAUUUAAGAGCAAGUGUGGUUUCAGGGACUAGAAUUGAAGCUGGCCUUUGAUCAACGUCUGCCAACUUUGUUUCAGGAAUAAACUCAAUGUGCCGACUCCAAAUUAUAUAUUAAUCUAAUAUCAAAUUAUGAAGUGUAUUUAUCCAACAAGUGAAUUUGUUUUUUUAUGUGAUAGACUUGGUGAAGUUGCGUUCCUUUCGAAGUUCUGUGUGGUGUUCAGAACAAGGAUUUUAUUUUUUGUAUUAUCGCUGAAUUAUAUUAUGGAUUAUUAGGGCCACUGAUUUUUACUGUUCAAUUAAUUUCCCCGAAAAUGAUUAACUAUUUUUUUUUUUUUUCGUAUAUUGCUUUGUUUUGCAAACUCACAUUUUUUUUUUCUAAAAUCUUAGAAUAUUUAUACAUGGAAAACAUUUUUUCCACAUCAGUGGCCCUAAUACUCCUGAAUGAAAUCAAUACGUGAUGACACAGUAAUGUGAGCUGGAGAGGAGACUGUGGUCUCGGUGUAAGAAGUAAUGAGGUUUUUCAGUCACAUGUCGAUCCUCCACUUGAGUGAACUUCUGGUUUUGGGAAGGUUUGUAUGACUAUUUUAAUAUGAGGAAUGAGUGCAGUGUUCUGGUUACGCCAUCACUGAGCCGAUGAUGUCAAAUGCUACUGCUGCAAGUGUUUUGUCCAUUUUCUGAAGUUUAAGUUAAUGUUUUUCUAUUUGACUGCAGUGUUUUGUUUUAAUGUCUGAUCUGAUUUAACACUUGCACAGUUAGUGAUGAUAUUUUUGAUCAGUUUUCCAAUGGUGCCAAACUUCUGCAUUUAUCCAAUAUUAUUGAUUCUGAAAACUCACUUUUCCAAUCCUGUGUAUAUUUAUACUUGAUCUGUUUCUUUGGAAUGUUCUGUUUUGCAUGCUGUUAUGUUGCAUGUGAUGUGCACUUUUGUGUCUGCAUGUUUUUCUUUGGCGUUUUAUGUGUGACCCAAGUUCAUCUCAACUGGAAAUUGGCAUGAAAUGUGACUUGCACUUACUACUUCGUACACAAUACUCUGACGCGCUCGGUGUGCCUUGUUUACUGGGUCUCCUCCUCCUGAACGUACCCGAACUGUCUGGACGGAGUCUCGCAAUGUUUCACCCAAAGCAUGAUCUUUCUGUCAUGUCUGUUUUUAUAAUAAAUAUUUUAA